AAGAGAGUGCGGAGCGUUUCGGUUGUUUAUUCGCCAGGAAAAUAACGAAAAUUACUGUUGGAAACUGUUCCGGCGAGCUUUGCGACUAGCACGAGGUUUUACUAGUGGAAAAUUUGUUGAUGUUUUAGUUGUUAAAUAGUGUAUCUAGUGUGUCAAAAGUGCAAAUUUAGGAGGAAAUAGAAUUGUAUCAAUUCAAGCUUCCGAUAGUGUUUAAAAUUCGACGGUUGGUGGCGGCGACGACGACAACGGGAAGGAAUCCAAAAUAGCACAAGCGCAAUCGGGUCGGUGCUUUAUCUAACUACCUAUAGAAAAAAGAAAUACGCCGGAUACCUACAGAGAUUCUUCAUGUCUGAUCAUAGUGACCAACGAUUGUCAAAAACAAGCCACAUUUGCUAACGACAACUGACUGACAGAAUCAUAAACUGCAAUAUUGUCUUGCUAGUCGCGUCUGAAAAAGUGUGGCAGUGGAUGUAUUACCUGGUAAGGAUCAACUUACAGUUGCUUGUGCUCAAUUAGUAUCUAUUUCUGUUGAAUUGUGAAUUGUGAAAAAUAGUUCCAAAGAUCAACUUAUGAAACGAAGAAAAUAACAACAAAAAACCGUUAAUGCAUUGAACCGUUAGUGUGGGCGUGUGCGAGUGUAUUUGUUUUAAACCUACAAACACGUCAUACUGCACGGUCAGCGUGUGUGUGUGGGUAACUGAAACAUACGGUAGCGAUCUGACAUCGGUGCUAAUUGAAGUGGAAAACAAGGCAAGCAGGAAGGAAUUCCUUGCGCACCGGUUGGCAUUUUGGAGCGAACGUUGCAAUCUGGCUGCCACUAGGAAAUGAAAAUGGCUCCAACGAAGCCGAACGGGACUACCAGCCUGCUUCCAUUGCUCAAGAAAACCAUCACAACAAGAUCGAAAGCAACCGGCCCAAAUCAGAACCAAAACCCCGACACCGAUCAACAGCCAAUGCAGCGAACCAAACGGAAAGCUGAACACAGCCCCCUGAAGAAUGAUCGAGGAGUAAAACGGUCGGCUCUCGGGAAUUUGACCAACGCUGUUGCGAUCAACGAUGCAGAGACCGCGAUCGGCGCCCUCAAGGGAGGAGCCACCGGAGUUAAGGAAUCGACCGGGUCGACUAUUAGCAAACAUGCCACACAGCUGAUCCAGCAGAUAGCUAGCAAUAUUGGACACAACCACAAGAACAAGACUGCAGCCAGCAAGACUGUUACGGAAGUAUUCACCAAACCAGAUCCCGAUGGACCAAAGACACGUGCCGCGACAAAGAUCCUGACCCGCGCUGCCAGUCGCCAGAAGUUGAGUGUGAAGAGCUCCAACGCCAGUAGCACUACCAAUGGCACCAGUGGAAAGAACCAACAAUCGAUCGGGCACCCGUUGAAGGGUGGAAUCUCGGCAAUGACCAAAACUAUUGUUAAGACGAAAGAGACCGGCUUUGAGGGUGGUCAUAAGUUGCAAACAACGGCCGUAGCGCCGGGUGCUGCUGCGACCCAGCAUGGCAAACCACCAAAGCGGCGAAUAUCGAACGAAUUCGAAAAGACUGAAGAUAGCUUGUACGUCUCGGCCCUGGAGGACAUUACGUCCAGUGGUUCGCUGCGGUUAUCGGAGAAUUACGGUCCAUCGCGGUCUAGAACUCCGAGUGACAAGUGCAAGAACGAUCAAGCUAGGAGGGAAGAUUCGGCUUCUCCGAGAAAGCUAACCCCCGAGGGGAUCGAUGAUUAUGACCUUUUGAACUGGAACGACGUGUUUCAGGUGUCGCACUAUGCGCGGGACAUUUUUACCUACCAGAAGGAACGGGAAGCUCAGUUUGUUAUUCCGGAUUACAUGCCCACGCAACCGCACAUUAGCAAGUGGAUGCGGGCACUGCUCGUAGAUUGGAUGGUGGAGAUUCAAGAGUCGUUCGAACUGAAUCAUGAAACUCUCUACCUGGCGGUAAAAAUUGUAGAUAUUUAUCUUGCCCGAGCAGAGGUCCAAAAGGACUCGCUACAACUACUGGGAGCUGCGGCGCUGUUUAUCGCUUCGAAGUAUGAUGAACGGGUCCCGCCCACGGUGGACGAUUUCCAGUACAUUUGCGAUGGUGCUUACCAGCGGCGCGAGAUGAUCCUUAUGGAGAUGACCGUGUUCAAGGAAAUCGGAUACGAUCUUGGUAUUCCGUUGUCGUACCGGUUCCUGCGGCGGUAUGCUCGUGUCAAUCGCAUCGAUAUGCAGGUGCUGACGCUAGCGCGGUACAUUCUGGAGUUCACCCUGAUGGAUUAUGCCAUCGUUGGACUGCGGGAUUCGAAGCUGGCCUGUGCUGCGUUGUUUAUCGCAAUGCGCAUGAACAACAUGUCCGGGUGGAACAAGACACUGGAGUUUUAUUCAGGCUAUACAAUCGAAGAAUUUGCCGAAAUUGCCAUCCUUCUUAACAAUAUCAUGACGCGCAAGCCGAAGGAAUCGUUGAACACCGUCCGUCACAAGUACUCGCACGAGCUAUUCUUUGAGUCGGCCAAAAAACCCUUCAUCACCGAUAUGGCCCAACUAUUCGACACGACCGACUACCAUUAUAAGAAACAUAAGACCACAGCGGCAACAGCGAUGGCAACGACCAGUGUAUAGGGGGAGGGUCUGGGUUAACAUUGUCCUUGAUUGUGCUUUUCUUUUUCCCCCCGUGAGUUCAAUUGCAAAGAAUAUCAGUCCAGCAUCAAUAAGGGUGUCCUGAUUGGGUUGAGAGGGAUUUUUCUUCAAAAAAUUAUCCACGGUUUGAAAGUACGGAAAACAGGUGGCACCAUCUUGAGGUCUACCUUUCGAUUUACGCUUUCGAGCGGUGCAAAGUUUCAGAUCUGCUCCGAUGUAGCUAAUCGAAAAAAUGAGAAAAACUUUACAAUUUUAUUUUUACGAGUGCGAUCUUUUCUUCAACUGUGAAAAUAUGUUUAUUAGUACGAAAAAUGAGAAAACCUUUGAAAAAACUCCAAAUCUUGUUUUCUUCAUUUCAUCAUUUUUGUGUUUUUUUUUUUAUUUUAAAUUUUUAUCAAUUCGAUUUUAUCCCAAGUUUGCUUUUUUCUGUUCUCAUCUUUAAACGUUUUCUCUCUUAAUUUUCGUCGGAAUCGGAACGCGUACGUGGGUAUCCAGGGAUUGCAAAGCGAAUAUGUCAUGUUAGGAACCAACCACUGAAAAACCUAUGGAUCUCGAAAUUGAAUUUAUUGCUUCAAAAAAAAAAAGGGUAUAUUUUUCGAUUAAGAAAUUGAAUCACUGGAAAAGAAGAUAGAGAUUUUUUUUUGACCAAACUAUUAUAAUUUCGUGCUAUUCUAUGUAAGCCCCGCGGAAACCGAUCGGAUAAGCAUUUACACAGUAGGGACACUUUUAUUUAUUUUUUAAGAGACAACUACUUUUUUCCUCUGUCCAUCCUCCUAGCGUCUGCCGGAUAUGUAUUAUGUGUGUGUUUCGACUUUUGUUUUUCGGCUCGAAGGUUGUUGUAGGAAGUCCAAAAUUUACUCCGAGUGGCCAACAUAUACCGUACAAACAUAUCGGCGUUGAUGAGAACUUCAUCAUUGCUGGAUACGAAUAGAAAGUGGAUUUGUUUUUUUUUCCUUCGUAUGCACUGAAAACGAAUCUUACUCAGGGAGUGAGUCACUUUUGCUCAUUCGUAUGGAUACAUUUCUAAAAACGUAGGUUACUCAUGCGCUGAGUGACCUACGUUUUU